AGAGGACGAUUUCAAUUAGAAAUAAUGACAGCAAUAGAUGCUUUCAAUGAAGAAACAGUGUCCACCAGAAGACAAAGAAAAGUUUAUUCCUGAAGUAGAGAAGAAUGUCUUCCAAGCAAGCCACCUCUCCAUUUGCCUGUGCAGCUGAUGGAGAGGAAACAAUGACCCAGGAUUUGACCUCAAGGGAAAAAGAAGAAGGCAGUGAUCAACAUGUGGCCUCCCAUCUGCCUCUGCACCCCAUAAUGCACAACAAACCUCACUCUGAGGAGCUCUCAACACUUGUCAAUACCGUUCAACAAGAUGCUGACUGGGACAGUGUUCUGUCAUCUCAGCAAAGAAUGGAGUCAGAGAAUAAUAAGUUAUGUUCCCUAUAUUCCUUCCGAAAUACCUCUACCUCACCACAGAAGCCUGACGAAGGGAGUCGGGACCGCGAUAUAAUGACCAGUGUUACUUUUGGAACCCCUGAACGCCGCAAAGGGAGCCUUGCCGAUGUGGUGGACACACUGAAACAGAAGAAGCUUGAGGAAAUGACUCGGACAGAACAAGAGGAUUCCUCCUGCAUGGAAAAACUACUUUCAAAAGAUUGGAAGGAAAAAAUGGAAAGAUUAAAUACCAGUGAACUUCUUGGAGACAUUAAAGGUACACCUGAGAGCCUGGCAGAAAAAGAGCGGCAGCUCUCCACCAUGAUUACCCAGCUGAUCAGUUUACGGGAGCAGCUCCUGGCAGCCCAUGAUGAGCAGAAAAAACUGGCAGCCUCACAAAUUGAGAAACAACGGCAGCAAAUGGACCUUGCUCGCCAACAGCAAGAACAGAUUGCAAGACAACAGCAGCAACUUCUGCAACAGCAGCACAAAAUUAAUCUCCUGCAGCAACAGAUCCAGCAGGUUCAGGGUCACAUGCCUCCGCUCAUGAUCCCAAUUUUUCCACAUGACCAGCGGACCCUGGCAGCAGCUGCUGCCGCCCAACAGGGAUUCCUCUUCCCCCCUGGAAUAACAUACAAACCAGGUGAUAACUACCCCGUACAGUUCAUUCCAUCAACAAUGGCAGCUGCUGCUGCUUCUGGACUCAGCCCUUUACAGCUCCAGAAGGGUCAUGUUUCUCACCCACAAAUUAACCCAAGGCUCAAGGGCCUAAGUGACCGUUUUGGCAGGAAUUUGGACACCUUUGAACAUGGUGGUGGCCACUCUUACAACCACAAACAGAUUGAGCAACUCUACGCAGCUCAGCUGGCCAGCAUGCAGGUGUCACCUGGAGCAAAGAUGCCAUCAACUCCACAGCCACCAAACACAGCAGGGGCGGUCUCACCUACUGGGAUAAAAAAUGAAAAGAGAGGGACCAGCCCUGUAACUCAAGUUAAGGAUGAGGCAGCAGCACAGCCUCUGAAUCUCUCAUCCCGACCUAAGACAGCAGAGCCUGUGAAAUCCCCAACAUCUCCCACCCAGAACCUCUUCCCAGCCAGCAAAACCAGCCCUGUCAAUCUGCCAAACAAAAGCAGCAUCCCCAGCCCCAUUGGAGGAAGCCUGGGAAGAGGAUCCUCUUUAGGUAAAUGGAAAAGUCAACACCAAGAAGAGACUUAUGAAUUAGAUAUCCUGUCCAGUCUCAAUUCUCCUGCCCUUUUUGGGGAUCAGGAUACAGUGAUGAAAGCCAUUCAGGAAGCCCGGAAGAUGCGAGAGCAGAUCCAGCGGGAGCAACAGCAGCAGCAGCCACAUGGUGUUGAUGGAAAACUCUCCUCCAUGAAUAAUGUGGGACUGAACAACUGCAGGAAUGAAAAGGAAAGAACACGCUUUGAGAAUUUGGGGCCUCAGUUAACAGGAAAGUCAAGCGAAGAUGGAAAGCUGGGCCCAGGAGUCAUCGACCUUACUCGGCCAGAAGAUGCAGAGGGAAGUAAAGCAAUGAAUGGCUCUGCAGCUAAACUACAGCAGUAUUAUUGUUGGCCAACAGGAGGUGCCACUGUGGCUGAAGCACGAGUCUACAGGGAUGCCCGAGGCCGAGCCAGCAGCGAGCCACACAUCAAGCGACCAAUGAAUGCAUUUAUGGUUUGGGCGAAGGAUGAGAGGAGGAAAAUCCUUCAAGCCUUCCCUGACAUGCACAACUCCAACAUUAGCAAAAUCUUAGGCUCUCGCUGGAAAUCCAUGUCCAACCAGGAGAAGCAACCUUAUUAUGAAGAGCAGGCCCGGCUUAGCAAGAUCCACUUAGAGAAGUACCCAAACUAUAAAUACAAACCCCGACCGAAACGCACCUGCAUUGUCGAUGGCAAAAAGCUCCGAAUCGGAGAGUAUAAGCAACUGAUGCGGUCUCGACGACAGGAGAUGAGGCAGUUCUUCACUGUGGGGCAACAGCCUCAGAUUCCAAUCACCACAGGAACAGGUGUUGUGUAUCCUGGUGCUAUUACUAUGGCAACGACCACACCGUCACCUCAGAUGACCUCUGACUGCUCUAGCACCUCGGCCAGCCCAGAGCCCAGUCUCCCUGUCAUCCAGAGCGCGUAUGCUAUGAAGACAGACGGAGGAAGCUUAGCUGGGAAUGAAAUGAUGAACGGAGAGGAUGAGAUGGAAAUGUAUGAUGACUAUGAAGACGAUCCCAAAUCAGACUAUAGCAGUGAAAACGAAGCCCCGGAGGCUGUCAGUGCCAACUGAGGAGUUGUCGUUUGCUGAAUUAAAAAAAAAUACUCUGACAUUUCACCCCCCUUCCCCCCUACAAAAAAGUUCUUAAAGAGCCCGCAUGCAUUUGUGGCUCCACAAUUACAUCAGCAGAAUGGUCUUAAUUGUUUCGUAAAGUGUGAGACAGAUUAAGUUUUCCCUGAUUUUUCAUGAACUUGAGUUUUUUGUCGUUAUUGUUAUUGUUGUUGUUGUUGUUUUUUAAUUUAGGUGAAGACAUAUUAAAUAUGAGACACCAGGACUUGAAAACUUAUCUCAACCCAUAGCUGUCUUACAAGUCUUAUAUUUUUGUCUUACAUUUUUUUUUUCCUUUUGGAUGUUGAUAAAGGUUUAAGUUACUGUUUUAGAUGGGGUUAAACAUUCUCACUCAGGUAUGCUGUGCCGGCC